CAUACAAAACCCCCUCCCUCUCCUUUUUCUUUCUGAUUCUUUCUUUCUUCUCCUUCUUCUCUCUCCUUGGCUUCGUCCCAGCAUCUCAUCUUGUGAUGCUUCAUCGUCUCCUCGUAGAUUCUUUACUUUUGUGAAAUAAUCUGUGCUUUCGUACUUGACUCAUAAUGUCUUCGUUGCCUUCAAACGUCCAUGUCUCUCAGCACCCGUGUCUACGGGCAAAGCUGAGCCAGCUUCGCUCAAAGGCCAACAGCCCUAGAGAGGUCAAAUCACUGAUUCAUGAGAUCUCUCUGAUUGUCUCUUGUGAAGCUCUUGCUUCGUCUUUGGAAGCUACGGAAGGGACUCAGGAUGAGACGCCUUUGGGCUUCCAGUUCACUUCCACAACAGUGCAACCAAGUACCAUGUGUCUGGUUCCCAUUCUGCGAUCAGGUCUUGGCAUGGUUGACGCUGUGCAAACCAUGCUCCCUAUCCCAGUUCCAGUUCAUCAUCUGGGCAUGUACCGUGAGCCGUCUACUCUCGACCCAGUUGAGUACUACAACAAUCUUCCCCAGCAAAUUCCGGGUGACUCCUCCAACAGCAACGCUAGUAGCCUUGCUAUCUUGGUCGAUCCUGUUAUUGCAACUGGCGGGACCUGCGCCGCCGCCAUCCAGACGCUUCGUGAAUGGGGCGCAAAGAGAAUCAUUGUUCUCGCCGUUAUUGGAGCUGACGAGGGUGUUCAGAGAGUCGCUGCCGAGUGGCCCGAGGGAUGCGAGGUUUGGAUUGCAGCAGUGGACAAAGAGUUGACCAAGGAUGGUAUGCUGAAGCCUGGUCUGGGAGAUGUUGGUGACAGGUUGUUCUUAACUAUCGGCAAAUGAGUGCACAUUUACAGGUUUUGGGCGUUGUAUUCUCAUUGCAUUAACAUAUAGGUUAGAUAGUAUACAUCAUAAGUACCCCCAUAUUCCUCAAGGAAU